AUUCUGAAAGGGAAAGUAAGUCGUUGGAUAUAUGUGACUUAUUUUUCCUUCAGGUAACAGAUUACUAUAGCAAUACUAUUGGAUUUAUGUAUUGAGUAUAGAAUGAUAACUCCGCUGGAUAUAUUAUCAAUUGAAUCGUGGCUUCUGAUUGCAAGCAUAGUUUUACUUAUCAGGUAUUAUUUGAAUCAAAAAUGGAGCUACUUUGAAAAACUCAACAUUCCCUAUGAUCCACCAUCUAUACUCAAACUUGGAAGCCUCCUAACUGCUUUCAGCAAAGACAAAGCGUUUGAAUACGACAACGAAUGUAAGAAGAAGUACGGUAAUAUAUGGGGGAUAUUCACGGGACUAUCACCCAGUAUAACAAUUCACAAUCCUGAUAUCUUGAGACAAAUUUUUAUUAAAGAGUUUCAAACAUUUCCAGACAGACAGAAAACAUUGCUCAAAAUAAGUGGAAAAGAAUUGAACAAUGGAUUAACCGCAGUCCAAGGAAAACAAUGGAAACGUAUAAGAACGACAAUGACACCGACGUUUUCAACUUCAAAACUGAAGCAAAUGUGUGGUAUAAUAGACUGGUGUGCAGGCAAUACUGUUGAUGCACUGGACCGAAAAGUUGAGAGUAACAACGGGGUUUUCAAUUCAAAAGAAGUCUUUUCCCGUCUUUCAUUGGAUAUAGUAUGCUCAGCAGCAUUCAGCACCAAAGUUCACUCGCAGGAUGACAGAGUUGAAGAGCCAGAAGCUGCCAAAAAUGCCAAAAAAUUGUUUUCCGGAACAUUCAGCCCCCUUAUCAUAUUGCUUAUUAUUUUUCCAUCUUUGGAAAAACUUGUUUUCAAAUUUAACAUCGCAUUGUUUGGAAGUGGUGGAUUAAAAUACUUCAAAAAACUAACACAUCACCUAAUAAAGCAACGAGAGGAAAAUCCACAUGAACGUACUAGAGUAGAUCUUAUGCAACUGAUGUUGGAUGCUAGAGUAUCCGAAGAAAAAAUAAAAGAAGGUGCAGAAAAAGGCAUGACAAAUAUUGAAAUCGUUGGAAAUUCAAUGUUAAUGAUUUUGGCUGGUUACGAGAAUACUGGGAAUACAAUGAGCUGGACAGUCUAUAAUUUAGCUCAACAUCCGGAAAUACAGUUCAAAGUUCAAGAGGAAAUCGAUGAAAUGAUGAAAGUUCAGGGCAAAUUUGACUACGAAAGUAUGACAAAAUUGAAGUUGUUGGACAUGUGCAUCAACGAAACUCUCAGACUUUACAUGCCGAUUAUAAAGAAUGCUCGCUUCUGUGAAAAAGAAAUCACUAUCAAUGGCUUAACAAUUCCAGAAGGUAUUCAGAUAAAUGUACCAACGUUUGGACUGGCACAUGAUCCUGAAUAUUGGGAUGAACCUUACGAAUUUAAACCCGAAAGGAUGGAGGACAUGAGCCAAAUUGACCCAAUGGUUUAUCAGCCGUUUGGCGCGGGACCACGUAAUUGUAUUGGGAUGAGAUUUGCUUUGAUGGAAAUUAAGAUGUCUCUAGCAAAACUUUUGCAUAAAUUCACAUUCAAACCUGCUGAAAAUACACCGGCACCUCCUCUGAAGUUGAAAUUUACAAUGUCUGUGCGGUCUGAGGUUGAUUUCAACUUGGUCGCCAUACCUCGUGAUUCUGUUUCCACCUAAUUGCACUUGAGCUAAUUGUGUUAAAGCUUGAUUGGCAGCGCCUGUCGAUUUUAGCUUUGUAUUAAAUUUAAUUUCUUAUUGGUAUCAUUUGUGAAAUUUAACUCUUUACUGAAUCUAUGUAUACUUAAGAUGUUUUCUUACUGUAGUAUAAAUGUAAUAUUUGUUAGUGUAAAUCUCUAAAAAUGAUUACGGAAUCUAUUGUUUUGCAUUACUAUUGUUUUGUUUUGCAAGACACUUUUGCAGAACCUAUGUCUUUGUUGUGAUUUUUUUUAUCCAUGCUGACAUGAUAAAUCGACAUUGGGGCGAAAAAGAAUAGUACUCCCGUAGUAUGUGAAUCAAGAUGGCGGACACCGGAACGUCGUAUGUGUACCAGGUUAGGGUUAGGCAUAAUUUCAGGUACAAAAAGUACGGGAGUCAUUUGGCUAGUACCCGAACUCUUAAUAUAACUAAAAUAAGGAAAAUUGGAAUAGAAUUAUAGCCUAACCUUAACCUGGUACUCAUACUGCGUUCCGAUGUCCGCCAUCUCGGUUUACAGACUAUAAAAACCGGCUGUACGCCUUUCCAGUGUUAGGCAUAGUCAUAAAUCAGGACUUCUGAAAACAUGACUUCAGUAAGUAUUUAACAAGUAGAAGACGGCCAGGAAACGAAUAUUUUCAGAUACCCUGAUUUCCAAUAGUUUUUAAAACCCAUAUUUAAUUG